UGGUAGGGGCGGCGGCGGCGGAGCGAGGUUCCCUUUGUUCAGCCAUUUCGGGCUCUUCCGCGCUUUUGGGUGCGGAGCUGCGGAGGGAGAGGACCGGCCGCUCCCUCGCCACUCCCCUUCCCCGCCGCCGGGCUCUGGGAUGGUGUGGGCUCCUGGCGGCGUGGGACGCGCACGGGGAAGGCUGACGGCGGCGCCGGCGGGCCCGAGGCAGCCCGGACGGGCGGAGGCGAGCCCGGCACUAGGACCCAGAAGACGCGCGGAGGCUCUGGCAAGAUUACAAAUUGGUCGUGACUCAGUCUCUCGGCGGGUGGCGAAGGGAGCAGGCAGCCAAGAUGGAGUACGAGUGGAAGCCCGACGAGCAGGGGCUCCAGCAGAUCCUGCAGCUGCUGAAGGAAUCGCAGUCCCCGGACACCACCACGCAGAGAGCCGUGCAACAAAAACUAGAACAACUUAAUCAGUAUCCGGAUUUCAACAACUACCUGAUAUUUGUUCUUACGAAGUUGAAGUCUGAAGAUGAACCAACACGUUCCUUGAGUGGUCUCAUCUUGAAGAAUAAUGUAAAAGCACACUUUCACAACUUUCCAAAUGGGGUAACUGACUUCAUCAAAAGUGAAUGUCUGAACAACAUUGGCGAUUCCUCUCCCUUAAUUAGAGCUACUGUAGGUAUUCUGAUAACAACCAUUGCUUCAAAAGGAGAAUUACAGAAUUGGCCUGAACUUUUACCAAAGCUUUGCAGCCUCUUAGAUUCAGAGGACUACAAUACUUGUGAGGGUGCGUUUGGCGCUCUUCAGAAGAUAUGUGAAGAUUCUGCUGAAAUAUUAGAUAGUGAUGUAUUGGACCGACCACUCAAUAUCAUGAUACCUAAAUUCUUACAGUUCUUCAAGCACAGCAGUCCAAAAAUAAGAUCUCACGCUGUUGCAUGUGUCAAUCAAUUUAUCAUCAGUAGAACUCAAGCUCUUAUGAUGCACAUAGAUGCUUUUAUUGAGAAUCUUUUUGCACUGGCUACUGAUGAGGAACCUGAAGUACGCAAAAAUGUUUGCCGUGCUCUGGUAAUGUUGCUGGAAGUUCGAAUGGAUCGCCUUCUUCCUCAUAUGAUUAGUAUAGUUGAGUACAUGCUUCUAAGGACCCAGGACCAAGAUGAAAAUGUGGCUUUGGAGGCCUGUGAAUUUUGGCUGACUUUGGCUGAGCAACCCAUUUGUAAGGAUGUUUUAUGUCGGCAUCUUACUAAGCUGAUACCUGUGCUGGUGAAUGGUAUGAAGUAUUCGGAGAUAGAUAUUAUUUUGCUGAAGGGGGAUGUUGAAGAAGAUGAAGCGAUUCCAGAUAGUGAACAGGACAUAAGACCUCGUUUUCAUCGUUCGCGAACAGUAGCUCAAAAACAUGAAGAAGGUGAUGAUGAUGAUGAUGAUGAUGAAGAUGAUGAUGAUGAAGAUGAUGAUGAUGAUGAUGAUGAAAAUGAUGAUGAUGAUGCUAUUUCUGACUGGAAUUUAAGGAAAUGUUCUGCUGCUGCUCUAGACGUUUUGGCCAAUGUAUUUCGUGAUGAACUUCUGCCACACAUCUUGCCCCUUUUGAAGGAAUUGCUCUUCCAUCCCGAAUGGGUAGUUAAGGAAUCAGGUAUCCUUGUUCUUGGAGCAAUUGCUGAAGGCUGCAUGCAGGGUAUGAUUCCAUAUCUUCCUGAGCUGAUCCCUCACCUUAUUCAGUGCCUCUCUGACAAAAAGGCUCUUGUGCGCUCCAUUACAUGCUGGACUCUUAGUCGCUAUGCACACUGGGUAGUUAGUCAACCCCCAGACACAUACUUGAAGCCAUUAAUGACUGAGUUGCUACAGCGUAUCCUGGAUAGCAACAAGAGAGUACAAGAAGCUGCCUGCAGUGCCUUUGCUACCCUAGAAGAGGAGGCUUGUACAGAGCUUGUUCCUUAUCUUGCAUAUAUACUUGACACUUUGGUCUUCGCAUUUAGUAAAUACCAGCAUAAAAACCUACUUAUUCUUUAUGAUGCUAUAGGAACCCUAGCAGAUUCUGUAGGCCAUCAUCUAAAUAAACCGGAAUAUAUUCAGAUGCUAAUGCCCCCAUUAAUCCACAAGUGGAACAUGUUGAAGGAUGAAGAUAAAGAUCUCUUUCCUUUAUUAGAGUGCCUGUCGUCAGUUGCUACUGCCUUGCAAUCUGGCUUUCUUCCAUACUGUGAACCUGUGUACCAGCGUUGUGUAAAUCUAGUGCAAAAGACCCUUGCACAAGCCAUGUUGCACAAUGCUCAACCAGACCAAUAUGAGGCUCCAGAUAAGGACUUCAUGAUUGUGGCUCUUGAUUUACUCAGUGGUUUAGCUGAAGGUCUUGGUGGCAACAUUGAGCAGCUGGUGGCUCGGAGCAAUAUCCUGACACUGAUGUACCAGUGCAUGCAGGAUAAAAUGCCUGAAGUACGACAGAGUUCUUUUGCGCUGUUAGGUGAUCUGACAAAGGCAUGUUUUCAGCAUGUUAAGCCUUGCAUUGCUGAUUUCAUGCCCAUUUUGGGAACCAACCUAAACCCUGAAUUCAUUUCUGUGUGUAACAAUGCUACCUGGGCAAUUGGAGAAAUCUCCAUUCAGAUGGGUAUAGAGAUGCAGCCUUAUAUUCCAAUGGUGUUGCACCAGCUUGUAGAAAUAAUUAACAGACCCAACACACCAAAGACAUUGUUAGAGAACACAGCAAUAACAAUUGGUCGUCUUGGUUACGUUUGUCCUCAAGAGGUGGCCCCCAUGCUACAGCAGUUUAUAAGACCCUGGUGCACCUCUCUCCGGAACAUAAGAGACAAUGAGGAAAAGGACUCGGCAUUCCGUGGGAUAUGUACCAUGAUUACAGUCAACCCCAAUGGCGUAUUCCAAGACUUUAUUUUUUUUUGUGAUGCUGUUGCAUCGUGGAUUAGCCCAAAAGAUGAUCUCCGAGACAUGUUCUGUAAGAUUCUUCAUGGGUUUAAAAAUCAAGUUGGGGAUGAGAAUUGGAGGCGUUUCUCAGACCAGUUUCCUCUUCCCUUAAAAGAGCGCCUUGCAGCUUACUAUGGAGUUUAACCUCAUGCAUUGUAGCUGCAGUCCCAUAAUUAGAGGUCCUUCAGUCUGGGAGACUAUGAGGGAGCCUCUGCACCCAGGGAAAAUGUUACCCUUUACUGGGGGGAAGGGUGAACCAGUAGGGAAUACAGUACAAUCCCAACCCUACUGGGAGGGGCGGGAGGGAGGUGUUGCCGUCACUGUAUUAAGUCGAUGUUGGGAAAUGUUUUAACAUCUGGAGCCUUUGUGGGUGGAAAUCUGUCUCCUAUUACAACUCUGCACUGGAUGUGAAGAAGAAAAAAAAGAAUCUUUUCACAAAACAGCACAUUCUGGAAUAUUGUGGGGAUUUGUACCAAAA